UGGCUCAUCUCGUAAAUGUCAGUCUGUAUGAAAGAUUGUUUCAACGAAAUCAUUCAGGAUAUUGCAUGGUAUAAAAUAAGUCUACAAAAUGACAAACUGUAUUACUUCAUACAGAUUUCACUGCCAAUGAUGUAUCUUCCUAAAAUUUUGUUGACCAGUUUAUGUGCAAUGUUUAUUACAUCAAGUGAUGCAUCUGGUCUCAGCUAUAAUUACUUCGAUGAGAUGGCACAAACCUACUGCACAAUUCAAGGCGUAGGUAACUGGGUAUUUGCAAUAAGAAGAGAUUGUAACGGAACAGCACCAACCUGUAACUUUAUGUGUAGUGCAGCAAAACAUGAUAUGCUUACUUCAAUCAAAAACCAAGGAAACAGCGUUGCUUGUUUCGAUGCAUACCAGGUUAGAAAGCAGCAUGCACGUCUUCAAAUUGACAGUUCUAAUACCCAACCCGAUGCCGGAAAAGUGAAUAUGAUAACUUACGGAUAUGGAAGUAAAGGAUGUAGCUGGAGUCCUAACCAGUGUGGGCCUAAUUAUUGCUGCUGUAAAGCUUUCUGAGAACAUUUCCAAAAUAUAUUAAAAAAAAAACUAACCUUGAAUAUUUUUUUUUAUAAUUAAUCUGAAUUCUAUAUUACCUUUUUAGAUAAGUCUGAGGAAUUAUUCGUUUUUAUAAAGAUGUGUCUCAAACUCGA